AUGGCAACAGCACUGUUAUCUCACCGUGAGGAUGACGGGGGCGAUGAUCAGACCGCCUUCAGAGUAGUCAAAGAUCAGCGUUAUGUGGCUGCUGAGAAAAGCGACAAUACAGUCCAUCAUCUACAUGGCUCUCAGCCAUUGACAGCUUUCACAACUCCAGGGGGUAGCAGCCAAGACUCCAGCCAGCCCGCCUUGCCUGUAUACCACAGAAAAUGCGCCAACAUCACGCCCUUGGGCCUGCUUUCGUUUGCCGGAUCUGCAUUCUUGUUUAACAUCUAUCAGAUCCACACUAGAGGGGUCACAAAACCCAAUGUCAUUCUCUGCCUUGCUCUAGGAUUCGGAGGCAUGGCCCAGACAACUGCUGACAUCUUAGAGUGGGUUUCUGGUAACACCUUUGGUGCUGUGACGUUGACUUCUUACGGAGGUUUCUGGUUCUCAUAUGCUUACUUUUUGAUACCUCAAUUAGAGGUCGAAGCUUCGUACGCUGCCGAUCAUUAA